CAAAGAAGAAAACAAUCAACGGCCAUCCAUCGCGCAGCAAUGCUAUAACAACACGACACCUUCCGCGACAAGCGCACGCCUCGGCGAAAUGGGGAACCUCUGCGCCUCCCUCUCGCCCGAACCGGCGAGGAGCAAGAGACCCACCGCGUCCGAAACCCCGCCCCCGCCGCCGCCCUCCGCCCUCGCGAGCCUGAGCAGCCGUUGGUCCAAGUUCCGGUCGCCGUCGUCGUCGUCGCGCAGGGACAAGCCCGACGAUCGCUCCGCCCAGGAGAAGGCUCUCGCCGCCGCGAUCGUCCUCCAGCGCCACCGCCAGAACGGGAAGUCCGCGCCCGUCGACCGCUCCGCCUCGCUCCGGUACACGGGCCCGAGCGGACCCAGGAAGCAGGGCUUGCCCAGGAGCUGCAGCUCGCGGGCCAGUGCCGGCACUGAUCCUCUGUUGCAGCCUCACCAGCUCGUUAAUCAGGAUGUAAAGCUUGAUGAAUUGGAAACCAAUCAUUUUGUCCUUGUUCAUGGUGGUGGCUUUGGUGCUUGGUGUUGGUAUAAAACUAUAGCACUGCUUGAAGAAGGCGGUUUCAAAGUUACACCGAUAGACUUAACUGGAUCUGGGUUUAAUUCCUUUGAUACCAGUGAGGUCACAAGUCUCUCGCAAUAUGUCAAGCCGCUAACUGACCAUCUGGAAAAGCUGGCCAAUGACGAGAAAGUGAUUCUUGUGGGCCAUGAUUUUGGUGGCACAUGCAUAUCUUAUGCAAUGGAGCUAUUUCCUUCAAAAAUCACAAAAGCUGUUUUUAUUGCUGCUGCGAUGCUGAGGAAUGGCCAAAGUACUCUUGAUAUGUGGUCUCAACAGGCAGGCUCAAAUGAUUUAAUGCAAAAGGCUCAGAUAUUUUUGUAUGCCAAUGGGAAGGACCGACCUCCAACUGCUAUUGAUCUAGACAAAUCUUUUUUGAGUGACUUGCUAUUCAACCAAUCUCCUGCUAAGGAUGUAGCGCUGGCAGCUGUUUCCAUGAGACCAAUCCCCUUCAUGCCCGUUCUCGAGAAGCUCUCACUUUCAGACGUGAACUAUGGGUCAGUGAGGCGGUUUUACAUAGAAACUCCAGAAGAUAAUGCUAUAUCUAUCGAAUUACAGGAAAAUAUGAUCAAAUUGAACCCUCCAGAACGUGUAUUUCGUCUAAAAGGUGCAGACCACUCACCUUUCUUCUCGAAGCCUCAAGCAUUACACAAGCUGUUAGUGGAGAUCUCAAAGAUUCAUCCCCUUGACCAAGUCUUACAGAAAGAUGGCCCAGGGUGACUAAUUUGGCCUGGUGCUGUCACUACAUCACACAAUGAAUUUUGUCUUUUGAAAGUUUAAAGUAAUGCAGAUAUUCUGCUGCUUGAUUUUUUACAGAGAUUCCGUCUGUCGUAUAUCAGCUGUUCAGGUAGAUUAGCCUUUUCCCUCUUUUUCAUUGGAAAGAGAUGUUAAUUGUUGUGUCAUAGUUCAUAAGUUUUGUAGAAAGCUCUCGAGGGUUAUUUUGCAGAAAAGAGUUGUGUAGCUUUUCAUCGCCUGAUAUGAAAAUAAAAUUUGUACUUAAUAUAA